AUGGCCACUUCCAAGCGCUUUGAGACGCUCCUGCAGCUGCAGCAGCGGGAAGGAGAGCUAUCCCAGGUGCUCGGGAACCUCACCAAACCGCCCAAGUGGUUCCACUCCGAAUUCCUCAAGAGUCCGAAGGCAGUCCGCCUGGAGGCUUGGUUGGUGGAAGCGAUCUUCGGCCCGGGUGGAGAACACAUCCCGCAUGUCGAGUGUGUGUCCAACACCCUCCUGCAUGUGAACAAAUGGGACCCCGAAGGUGACGCUGAGAUCUUGAUAUGUGGACGACCUUAUUAUCAGAAGGACGUAUCCAAGCUCAUUAUGAACUUGGCCGACUAUCACCGCCAGCUCCGGCUGCAAAGUACGGGAAUGGGCAGGGCUACGCAGAGCCAACCCCGGCUCCUAGGGAGGGAUUGA